CCUGGGGAGCGCGGGCGCCCUGUGGUCUCUGAUCCCCUCCCGCCCAGCAGCGCUCCCGGGAGCCGCACCCCGGUUCGGGCCGAGCCCCUCCGCCUCCCGCCCCACGGGGACCGGGCCGAGCUGCCCGCCCCGAGCCAUCCCUGCAGCCCCCGCCCGGAGCCUGGCGGCGCCCGCUCCUGACCCGGGGACUCCGCCUGCAGAGGACACCGGCCACUGCCCCCGGAGUCACCCUCCCUUCCCCCGAGGAAGCCGCCUGCGCCUUGACUUUCUGUUUCCCCUUUGGGUUUGCCCUUGCCCCGGGAUAGAAACGCCUCACACCCGCCUCGAGUGGCCCGCGCGGCUCCCCGCCCCGGGGUCCCUCGCCCUGUGGUCCGCGCAGAGGGGCUGUGUUUGCACCCACCGAUCUCCCUGCAGGAUGUGCACCCCGAUGUAUCCGUUCCUUACCCUCCCCACCCCAUCCUUCUUGCCCCCAAGACUUCCUCCGUCUCUCUCGGUUUCCAGAACACUUCUUCUUUAUGUUUUUUAUUGAUUUCAGCGAGGAAGGGAGAGGGAGAGAGAGAAACAUCAGUGAUGAGAAUCGUGGAUCGGCUGCCUCCUGCACGAUCCUGAAACCCCGGCAUGUGCCCUGACCAGGAAUCCAACGGUGACCUCCUGGUUCAUAGGCCGGUGCUCAACCCCUGAGCCAGCAGCUGGGCCAGAACACUGCCUCCCUGAUGGUGCCCCCUGCCCCCACAGACUGCCGCUCGCCCCCAAGCUCUGUGAGGACAGGGAGGGGCCCAUGUGGAUAAGGGGCCCCCUCUCGCUCUCCUGCCCCUUUGGUCUGUUGAUCCUCGGGCACAAGAGGAUCACAGGGCCACACAGCACAGCGAGCCCUGGAGAGAGCGCCUGGACGCCCGGCCCCCUGGCCCCGCAGCGCAGCCUCUGCGAGCCGCAGCCGGCUCCCCGGGCCCCUCUGCUCCGGCCUGGGGCUGGGGGGAGACGCUGCCUCCAUCCCGCAGAGGAGCCGCCGGCUUCAGCAGCGCGGAGACGCGUGGGGGCCGCGUGUCGAGAGUUCCAGGAGCUGCCACGUGGCCAGGAGUGGAAGGCGGGGGAGCUGAGGCUCGAGGCCGCUGGACCCGGCGGGAGGCAGGAGGCAGAAGGAGGACCGGCAGACCGGCAGGCAGAGGCAGGGAGACGAGAAAGUGAGGGGCACGGAGAAGGGAGAGGGGAGGCCUCCAGCAGGGGUGCCUGUCCCCCGUCCGUCUGCCCGCGUCUGCCUCCGGGACGAGCCACCCUCCGCAUGGCCUCCAGGCAGGCUGCCGGGAGGGGCCCCGGGGAGAAGCGCAAGAGGGUGGUGCUGACCCUGAAGGAGAAGAUGGACGUGUGCGCGCGGCUGGAGAAGGGCGAGAGCCGGAAGGCGCUGAUGCAGGAGUACAACGUGGGGAUGUCCACGCUCUACGACAUCAGGGCCCACAAGGCCCAGCUGCUGCGCUUCUUCGCCAGCUCUGCCUGCAACAAGGCGCUGGAGCGGCGCCGCACGCUGCACACGCCCAAGCUGGAGCACCUGGACCGGGCGCUGUACCAGUGGUUCCUGGGCCGGCGUGCCGAGGGCGUGCCCGUGUCGGGCCCCAUGCUCAUCGCGAAGGCCAAGGACUUCUACGCGCAGAUGCGGCUCACCGAACCCUGCGUGUUCUCCGGCGGGUGGCUGUGGCGGUUCAAGGCCAGGCACGGCAUCAAGAAGCUGGACGCGGCCGGGGAGAAGCAGGCGGCCGACCGCCACGCGGCCGAGCGCUUCUGUGGGUUUUUCCGGAGCCUGACGGUGGAGCACGGCCUGACGCCGGAGCAGGUGUACAACGCCGACGAGACCGGCCUCUUCUGGCGGUGCCUGCCCAGUCCCACGGCCGAGGGCGGGCCGGCGCCCGGCGGCAGGCAGAGCCGGGACAGGCUGACGGUCCUCAUGUGCGCCAACGCCACGGGCUCCCACAAGAUCAAGCCCCUGGUGAUCGGGACGGGCAGCGGCCCGCGGGCACCCAGGGGCAUCCAGCACCUGCCCGUGGCCUACCGGGCGCACGGGAAUGCGUGGGCAGGCCGGGCCGUGCUGGCCGACUGGUUCCACCACAUCUUCGUGCCCGCGGUGAGGGAGCACUUCCGAGCCCUGGGGCUGCCCGAGGACAGCAAGGCCGUGCUGCUGCUGGACGGCUCCCGGGCCCACCCGCAGGAGUCCGAGCUGGUGGCCGGGAGCAUCUUCACCGUCUUCCUGCCGGCCGGCGCGGCCGCCCUCCUCCAGCCCCUGGACCAGGGCGUUCGGCGGAGCUUCCUGAGGAACUUCGCCAGCCCCCCGGGGGCCCCCGGCUUCCCCCCGCGCUACGGCGUGAGCGACGCCAUCUGCAGUGUGGCCUGCGCCUGGGACGCCGUGCCCGCCGCCGUCUUCAGCCGCGCCUGGGGGCGGCUGUGGCCCGGGGCCGCCGCGCUGGCCGAGGGCUCAUCCUCCGAGGACGAGCCCGAGCGCCCGGGAGCCAGGCCUCACGACCAGACCUUCGCACACGUCCCGGAGCUCGGGGGCGAGGCCGGGUCACGGCUGAGCAGCAGGCUUCAGGGCCGUGGGGGGCAGGAGGCCGGAGCGGGGCGUCCGGCCGAGGGUCCCCCGGGGCAGGCGGAGAAGGGUGGGGGCUCCCAGGCGGCCGGGGAGAGCGAGGGGGCGACCUGGGAGCAGGCGGCCGCGGCCUUCGACACGGUGCUGCGCUUCGCCGAGGGGCGGCCUUGCUUCACGGCCCUGGAGCUGGGGCAGCUGCGGGCCCUGCGCUCCGUGUUCCUGCGGCGGCAGCAGGGGCGGUGGCGGCGCCCAGCCCUCAGGGCCGUGGUCAAGCUCGAGGGCCCCCGGGAGCACACAGGGGGCUGCCCCGCCUCGGCCUGCACGCCAUGCCCUGCGGGCGAGAACUGACGGUGUCCGGCCGCCUGCUGCCUGGUGCCGCCGGCAGGAGCUGGCCCGGGGGAGUGGGUGCAGGGGCGCGGCCCCUCACACUCCGUUACCCGCGUUCCGGUCACGCCCCGUGAACGUGAGGAGCUCAGCCUCCCGGGGCGGAGCCGGCCCUGGUCCUCGCGGCUGAGCCUUGCUCUGACCCAGCGCAGAGCUGUCUGUCUGACCCGCCGAGCGUGGAGAGGGGGACCCGCCUUGGACUGGACCCCGAGAUGCGGGCCACACGCUGAUGGACGCGGUGCAACGUGCCGUUCCGAGCGCCUUCCCUGCUGGGCCCGCCCCCACCUUCCCUGUUGUCCCCUCGUCCCACCUUCCCCUUCCCUUCGGCAGCCCCGGCAGCCUGGGCCGGGCCUCUGCCCUCCCUGGUGCCACCUCGUCUCCUUUCAUCCCUCUCCCUGCCGCUCCCUCGCCCAGCCCUGUGCACAGACGGUCUGUCCCUCUGGGGGCCACGGCACCGCUGCAGAGCUGCCCAUGCAGGGCCUGGCCGCCGAGGGCGCUGGCCGAGCGGAGAGCUGCGUCCGCUCUGGGGACAGGCGCUCAGAGGAAGCCGCACGCGAUGCCGCAGCCGCUGCUUGGCGGCGUCUCCCACUGGCCUGCCGGCCGUGCGUGGCUGCCGCCUGCUCCUCAGUGUCCGCGUUCGUGUCCCCUGUCCGCUGAGGACGGCACAGGCGGACCGGCUGUGGCCCUGCCCUGGCGGGGCGGGGCGGGGCGGGCGGGGCCUCCCGCGGGCACAGGGCUCCGCGUGGGGGAGGAGCAGUCUGGCGGAGGCGGUGGCUGCCCCACACGGAAUGUGCUCGGCGCCCGAGCCGUCCAUGCACCGUGGCCAAAGCCGUGACGUUCACAUUCCGGGUGUUUUACCCCAACAGACAGCGAGGCCGAGGGCGGCGAUGGGACCGGUGACUGGGCUGGGGUGGGGGGGCGGCUGGCCC